ACCACAUUACCUCUGCUCUUUUGUCUCCUCCAAGACCAGUGCCUGGACUCCAGCGGCUUCAAAAGGACUUCUCUGGAGGCAAGCAACUUUUUAGAAGAGUGAUUAAUGUUUGGCGUUUGCUCUUGGCGUUCCGGCCAGAGAUACAUGUGCUGGGCUCAGCGUUGGAGCUGCUAUACGGCGUAAUCCUCUGUUUCCUGUGUGUAUGUUUUCUGUCUGCUUUCACACAAAACAGCAGGAGGAUAAACUUACCCCAAGAAGACUCUGGAUGCAAACGCAAACAGUAGGACCGGCCAGAUCAGGAGAAGUGAAAGUUUUAAACCAGACUGGAGAAUCGGGAGUUGAAACCAGAAGAAAGUCAAGCAGAAGACUUGAUUCUACAGAAGCACAGAAGGAAAUUUCACUAAAAGAACACACGGAAGGGAAACCUUACUAAGCCACCCUAAGUCAGUGGUGAAGGCUCCUUCUCCCCUCACUCCCUCCCUACUUUCCUUCUCCCUCCUCUCGCUGCAACAUGGGCCACCUCCUCUCUCUUACUCUCAUCUACCUGGCCUACCUGCUGACCACAGGGAUCGCCUCCCAGCGUCAGCAGCACCGCGUGCAGCACGGCCCUUGCACCUACACCUUCAUUCUCCCAGAGGUUGAGCAUUGCAAGCCCCUAAAGGAUUUCCAGGUGACAAACACGCUGCAGAGAGACUCGCCACCUCAGACCGAGACAGACAAAAGUCGUUCCAAGGACAGUUUAGCAGAAGAGGAAAAGCCUUCGUGGCAGCAGCAAAAGUUAGAGACUCUGGAGAGCGCCAUGGAGAAUAACACUCAAUGGCUGCAGAAGCUGGAAAACUUCAUCCAGGAGAAUGUACGCUCAGGUGUGGAGGAAAUAAAGAGGUCAACAGUCCACACCCAGACGGCCGCCAUGCUGGAAAUGGGAACCAACCUCCUCAGCCAAUCAGCAGAGCAAACUCGCAAACUCACAGAUGUUGAGACCCAGGUGCUAAACCAGACAAGUCGCCUGGAGAUCCAGCUGCUCGAGUACUCGCUCUUUACGAACCGCCUAGAGAAACGCAUUCUCCUACAGACCCAAGAAAUUUCACGCCUUAGUGAUAAAAACAGCUUUCUAGAACAGAGGCUCUUGGCACUGGAGGCUCGGUAUGGGAAGGAGCUGCAGGACUUGCAGGGUGAAAAGCAGCAGCUUCAAGAUGUUCUGGAGAGGCAGAGUCGCCUGGUCAGCCAGCUCGAGGGUGAGCUCAGAAGCGCAACGCUUAACAGCACCACACUGCAGAGGCAGACAGACACUGUCGAGCAGCUGCUGACAAGAGUCAGACAAUGCAAUGAAAUUUCCAACUUGCCCAAAAAGGAGAGAUUCGCUUUCAGGGACUGUGCAGAGAUUCUCCGAUCAGGGGCAAAGGAGAGCGGAAUAUAUAGCAUACGGCUGCACAACUCCACCCAGGACGUAAAGGUGUAUUGUGACAUGAAGACCAGAGGUGGCGGAUGGACGGUGCUGCAGCAUCGAAGGAACGGCUCAGUCGACUUCCACCGCAGCUGGAACGACUACAAAAUGGGCUUUGGAGAACCAUCAGGGGAACACUGGCUGGGAAACGAUAUCAUUCACAAACUGACCAGCUCACAGGAAUACAGUCUGCACAUCCAGCUCCGAGACAGAGAGGGGAGCGAAGCCUACUCACAUUACGACCGCUUCUACAUCGACAAAGAAGUCAACAACUACAGCCUUCAUGCCGACGGAUUCAGCGGCACUGCCGGCAAAACCAGCAGUCUCACCCACACUGGGAGCCAGUUCAGCACCAAGGACAGAGACAACGACCGCUGCUCAUGCAAGUGCGCUCAACUGGCCUCGGGAGGAUGGUGGUUCGACGCCUGCGGCCCUUCCAACCUGAAUGGCAUAUAUUACCCCGUUUCAUCCAAUGUACUCCGCUUUAAUGGCAUUAAGUGGUACUACUGGAAGGGUCCAAAUCUGCUGGCUACCAUGACAACCAUGAUGGUGCGCCCUGCUGACUUCAGAUGAAAUUGCCGUGUGUGUCGAUGGAUCGUUGGGAACUUAAUGUUGCAGAUGAAUGUAAUUAAUCAGCCAGAGGCAGUGAAUAAAAAAAAAUCGGGCCAAGAAGUCUUCCAACUUAGACCACCAUACAGUUUGUUCACAUGCUAAAAAAGGACUUGUACAAGUGUUUCUGAAAUAAUUAUUCUUCUGUCACCGUGUUGGGCUUUUAGUAACAGAAUGUGGACUGAAAGCCCUUCAAAGAGCAACACUUCUGUUGUUUCAGACAUGUCAUGUUAGACUUUUGCUUUCACUUUACAAAUGAGUGGAGUAGAUUUAUGCACUUAAACUUGGUUGAAUUUAGGAAUUAAAACAAUGCAUAUGACUAGGAAAUGUAAAAAUAAUAAGAAAACUUUUUUUAUGGACAGGAGUGAUGCAACUUUUCAAUAAUGUGUGGCACUGUAACCAAAAUACUUGGUGGAAAUACAGCAAGCACGUUGAAACGCUACAGUGAUGAAGAAUGUUGUGUAAUGGAGUAUUGCAAAUAGGCCCAUUGGUUAGGUUUUGGAAUAAAAAUCACCUGGUUUUACAAGUGUAAUUGUAAAAUAAGAUACAUUUAAUUGCAAUAUAAAAUGCCCAGUCACCAAAUUACUUGCUUAUGUUUAGGAUCUGAUGGGUUUUUAUCACUUGAAAUGUUUACGACACCUGGAAAACAUUGCGAAGGAGGAGUUCAGGGAUUACAUAUUUUGUCUAAUGUAGUGUUGUGAGCAAAACAAGUGGUUAUGAUUGUGGUUUGAAAAUAUAGAGGAAUAACAGUGGUUAAAAUCACAGCAGAAAUAGAAAGAGAUCUUUUUUUAUGAUGUUAAAUAAUGUGGCCAAAAUUUCUGGUAAGAUUUAGGAGUUCAAAUAACUUGGUUAGUCAUGUGAAACAGUGUAAAUAUUGUGAAAGACUGCAAAGAUCCAUCAUGUGCAGGGUUGUGAUUGAUGCACUUGGUUAGGUUCAUUUCAGGCAAAGGAAACGUGGCAAACAUGUUAGGUGGGAACAAUAAACAUUCUUUUUCAUACAGAGUUGUGAGCAAAACAGUAAAGUUUGGGAAAUAAAAUACGGUUCUCAAGGUAACCGUCAGAGUCUGAAAGACUUUAAAGACUGAGAUAUUGUGGU